AUGGCUUCUAGUGCCGGAGAAGCCAUUAUUGGAAAGACGCAGACUGUUCCUCAUGGCCACAAAGUACUCUCCAUCAUGGAAAAAACCAAAUCAGCCGAGGAAAAGCACCUCCCACCAGUUUCGUCUGCCGAUAACAACAAUGACAACAACCUGAUCUGCGAUGAGCCCGACGAAGAGCCAGAACUCCAUGCCCGCACCUACAUCGCGCUGUUGUCCAUGUUCCUACUGAAUAUGGUGCAAGUAGUGGCUCUACAAGGACCGCCUGCUGUGCUUUCCUAUAUCGGGAAGAGCCUCAACAACCCUCCUGCAGAGACUUGGGUGACCAACUCAUUGUCUCUCGUGCAAGCUGUGUUGGGCCCUGUCAUAUCCGCCGCCUCGGACACUUUUCAGGCACGAAAGACGAUUCUAGUCGGUACAAGUUUGAUAUCUCUUGUCGGAUCAGCAAUUGCUCCGGGCUCAGGCACAAUAUACAGGCUCAUCGCUGCCCAAACGCUUAUUGGCGUAGGCUUCGCAUCUGUGCCUCUUGCCUAUGCAGUGCCGAGUGAGAUUUUGCCUCGAAAAUGGAGGCCUAUGGCCCAAGCAUGCAUGAACAUUGCCGCAGCCAUAGGUGCCAUCAUAGGCCCACUCAUCAUCGGUGCCCUCACCAGAGGUGACGAGAAGAAUGGCUGGCGAAAGUUCUACUGGAUACAACUAGGCCUCUGGGCCGCCACAGCGCUCGGGAUACUCAUCGGCUACCGUCCUCCUAAACGACAUACACGACUUGACCACCUUUCCUUCUUGCAAAAGCUAGGCCAUCUCGACCUUCCCGGAUGUUUCUUACUCACUGCCGGGUUGUCACUAUUUCUGACCGGCUUGAACCUCGGCGGCGGCCUGUACAGCUGGACCAACGUGCGCACUUUGACUACACUUGUCCUUGGGAUCGCGAUCCUCAUCGGCUUUGGCGUAUAUGAGUGGAAAGGCACAAGGAGAGGCAUCCUGCAUCAUGACUUGUUCAAGGGCGGACGUUCACGGGGACAAACGUUCGCCAUUUGCGUCCUUCUGAUCUUGAUCGAGGGCAUCUUGUUUUUCUCCUUUAUCAUCUUCUAUCCUAUUAUGUCUACCAAUCUCUUCCCAAGCGACCCGUUCCACAUCGUCUCUCGUUCCAUGCCAUUUUGGUCUUGCACCUGCCUGUCCACGGUCCUAUGGGGCAUGGCAAGCACAAAAUUCCGAACGAUCCGCGAACCAUUGUUUCUCGGCUAUGUGCUAUUCACCGCUGGUAUCAUCGGCUGGGCCACCGUCGAACCAAGCCACAGCGGCGGCAUCACCCAACUCUGCAUGGCUGGUCUUGCCGGGUUCGGGUUUGGAGCACCACUGAUUUUGAUUAUCGCAGGAGUGCAGCUGUCCACUCCCCAUCGGCUCAUUGCGACCGCAACAGCCGUGACGACUUCCUCUCGAGCCGUUGGGGCCACCGUCUUCACGGCAAUCCUUUCGGCGGCCCUGAAUGCGCGGCUGGACAAGAAUAUCCCAGGCCAAGUUAGCCGCGCCGUCCUCAAUGCUGGACUCCCCGCUGGGUCGGUUGGCAUGUUCAUCAAGGCUGUGACUGGGAAUGGUAUCACUACCACUGUCGCUGCCGCCACGGAGUCGACGCGCAAUGUGCCCGGCGUAUCGCCUGCUGUUGUUGACGCCGGGGUUCGAGCCCUGAAACAGGCAUUUGCUGAUUCCUUGCGUGUCGUGUAUGAGAUUGCAGCUCCCUUUGGCGCGGUGGCAUGUCUUGCUUGUUGGGCGCUGGGUGAUUUGCGCACUACAAUGGACUAUCGUGUUGAUGCGCCUGUCGAGGAUCUUCAUGCCAAACAGGAGCACCACCUUCACACGCAAGGACAGCCUGAACAGGGGAGGGAUGUGCAAGAACUGAAAACCGGCUAG